CCUAGUGGUGGGGAUGAAGCCUGAGGCCUGGUCUGGUCGCCAUGGAAACGCAGCCUGCGGCCUAGUGGUGUCAGUGUGAAAGUGAAGCCUGAGGCCUGCUCCUGUUACCAUGGAUAUGAAGCCUGAGGCCUGCUCGUGUUACCAUGGAAACACAGCCUGCGGCCUACUGGUGUCAGGGUGGGAAUGAAGCCUGAGGCCUGCUCCUGUUACCAUGGAAAUGAAGCCUGAGGCCUGCUUGUGUUGCCAUGGUAACAAAGCCUGAGGCCUGCUCCCAUUACCAUGGAAAUGAAGCCUGAGGCCUACUCGUGUUACCAUGGUAACAAAGCCUGAGGCCUACUCCUGUUACCAUGGAAACGCAGCCUGCGGCCUACUCCAGCCUCCACAGCAACGCAGCCUCCUUUAAUCGCUAUGGCAACGCAGCCUGAGGCCUGCACCAGUCGCCAUGGCAACAAAGCCUGCGGCCUGCUCCGGUGGGCAACGAUCUAACGUGCAAAGCGCCAAUAAACCCCAAAGUCCAUAGAAAGGUCGGAUGGCGGCCGUUCUUUCUUUGUUUUCGAGGCUUUUCUUACGGUAUCUCGGGGGCCUUUUGGCUUGCGCGGCUACACGCAGUAUUACGGUAGGGCCGGGUGGCGGAAGUGCGCAUGCGCAGUGGGCCGCGGGCCGGAACCGGAAGUGGGCUCGUAGCGGCCGCCGGAAGUGAGGCCGUAGAGGCGGCCGGAAGUGGGAAGAUGGCGGCCGCGCUGGAGCGAUGGGUGGCCGAGGAGCUGCAGGAGCUGCUCGGGAUGAGCGGCCGCCAUGUCCCCGCCUUCCUGGUGGCCUUGGCGAAACGGAGCCGGAACGUGGAAGAUCUGCUGGACAGGCUGCGGGAAACGGAGGCGCUGAAGGUGGAAGAGCCGAGAGUCCGGGAGUUCGCGAGAGAGCUGUGGGGGAAGAUCCCCCGCGAUCCCCCUAAGGAGCCCCCUGGGCGGGCGGCUGAGCGGGCGGCGCUGGAGCUGCAGCGAAGGAGUCGGGGUUAUCGCCCCAUAGAGAGCGAUGAGGAGGGGGAUGGGGGCAGCUCUGAGCCCACCCCCACCCCACAGCGACGGCGACAUCUGCGACGCCGCCAGCGAUCCGAGUCGCCUGAGAACGACACCGAGACGGCACCGGAACCAGCUGAGGAUCCAUCAGAAGAACCAGAAGCAGAAUGGGAAGCGUCGGAGCGGGAACGGCUUCGGGACCUGGAAGAACGUGACGCAUUCGCUGAACGUCUGCGACGCCGCGACCGCCAUCGCACCCGCAACGUCCUCACCCGACCCGACGCCAAGGUGCUGGGGGGGGUCUGGGGGUCUAUGGGUCUUAUAGAUGGGGUCCCCGAGCUCCGUAAGAAAUCCCGUCGCGAAUACCUGGCUAAAAGGGAAAAGGACAAACUGGAAGAGCUGGAAGCUGAGAUCGCCGACGAGGAAUAUCUGUUUGGGGAGGAAACAUUGACCAGCUCCGAACGAAGGGAGCUGGAAUAUAAGAGGAGGGUCCGGGAUUUGGCAAAGGAAUAUAAGAGAGCAGGGGAGAAGGAGAAGCUGGAGAAGAGCAAUCGGUAUUACAUGCCUGAGGAGAGCAGGGAUAAGAAAAUCCCAGAGCGUGAAGACCCCAGUACAGAAGAGGAACGUUUGGCCCCCAGGGAUGAACAGAGACGAUGGGAAGAGGAACGAAUGGGGGCGGCCUCGUUACGAUUUGGGGCCCGUGAUGCCGCCCAACGUCGACCCCCCCCCAAUUACGACUUUAUCUUGGAGGAGGAUGAGAUGAUUCAGUUCGUCAGCGCCGUGCAGAUGCAGGGAACCGAGCCUGAGAAGGUGAAUAGAGGGGGUAUGGGGGUCUGUGGGGGAGAAAUGGGGGUGCUGGGCGGGGGAUAUGGGUGGGAGAGAAAGGUCGGGUACAGUAUCCGCUUUGAGGACUGCACGUCGGAGCGCACGCUGCUCAAGUACAUGACGGACGGGAUGCUGCUCAGGGAGUUCCUCACCGAGCCCGACCUCGCGUCCUACAGUGUGAUCAUGGUGGACGAGGCCCACGAGCGCACCCUACACACCGACGUCCUGUUUGGGCUGGUGAAGGACAUCGCCCGGUUCCGACCCGAACUGAAGGUUCUGGUGGCAUCGGCCACGUUGGACACACAACGAUUCUCAACCUUCUUCGACGACGCUCCCGUCUUUAGGAUCCCGGGAAGGAGGUUCCCUGUGGAUAUCUACUAUACCAAGGUCCCCUCCCCACCUUAUAUUGUCCCUGACCCCCCCAUAUCCCCCCCAUAGGAGGAGAUUGAGGCCUGUGUGGAGCUGCUCCAGGAGCGCUGUCGUCGCCUGGGCUCCAAGAUGGCGGAGCUGCUGGUGCUGCCCAUCUACGCCAACCUCCCUUCAGACAUGCAGGCUCGGAUCUUCGAGCCCACGCCGCCCGGAGCCCGGAAAGUGGUGGUGGCCACGAACAUCGCAGAGACGUCGCUGACCAUCGACGGGAUUGUGUACGUGCUGGAUCCCGGGUUCUGUAAGCAGAAGAGUUACAGCGCAAGGACUGGGAUGGAGUCGCUCAUCGUCACUCCGUGCUCACGGGCCUCAGCCAAUCAGCGCGCAGGGCGGGCAGGCCGUGUUGCCCCUGGGAAGUGUUUCCGGCUGUACACGGCCUGGGCGUUCCAGCACGAGCUGGAGGAGACGGCGGUGCCCGAAAUACAACGCGCGGAUCUGGGCUGCCUCGUGCUGCUGCUCAAGAGCCUCGCGUGUCGAGAGCAUCCACAGGGGAUCCACAGCCACUUCUCCGCCCGGGAUCGGCGAUUCCGGCGUCGCUGGUCCCCACCGACUGCGCGACGAUCUCCAUCCGCGCCGCCGCUGGUUGCGUAUUCAUGCGUCGAGCGCGAGCUGAUUGCUGCUACCUAUGCAUGUGUCCGCAAUUGGGCAGUCGCGGCCACUAUGGGGCACAGAGGACUCAUGAGGUAUUAUGGCGCCUAUGGACUGGGCCGGCGAAUGGCGGAGCUGCCGGUGGAGCCCAUGUUGGCCAAGAUGAUCCUCGCGUCCGAGCAGUACGGCUGCACAGAGGAGGUGCUGACGGUGGCCGCCAUGUUGUCGGUGAACAACGCCGUCUUUUACCGGCCCAAGGAUCGAGUCCUUCACGCUGACAGCGCCCGGCUGGGAUUCCACAUCCCGGGGGGGGACCACCUGGUGCUGCUCAAUGUCUACAACCAG